UGUGAAGCUGAGGUGAUGGCUUCGUUUGACAGCAUGCAGUCAACGCAGCAGCAGCAGCCGCGGAGCGAGCCGUGACCACAGCUGGAUUUCAGGAGCUAUGUCCGUGGGCACCGAGCCUCCGUCUGCCUCUAGUCGACAGCACCAGUGUGCCCCCUCGGUUUGGCGCCUCGGGGGUCUUCGCUAAAGUCCAGGGACACACGGUAUCAGUGGAGCGCAUCCACCUGGAGUCGAGGAGAGGUUGCUGUUUGUUCUAAGGCCGGGCUCUCUGCAGCCCACUCCCCGCAUCCUCCUCCGCGGCGUCUGUGUGCCGCGAGCGCUCCGCGGUCUGUCUACAUGGCAGUGGACAUCAAAACAAUCACUACCUGAGUGUGUUCGCCUCCUGCGGCCAUACAUACCUUUACAGCUAAUACUGACUCUAAAUUAAUCGACGUGUGGAUCGGGAGCAGCGCUGUGUCUAUGCGCCUCACUAACGCCGCCCGGAAAGGACUUCUUGCCAUUGAGAGCUGGAUAUGCAGAGAUUAACGUGAGAGGAUGGAUCUAAUUAUCUGUGUUUUGGGGCUGCUGGCGCUGGCCGUGGAGGGCAUCCGUUGCCAAGGAGUGUACGCACCCCCAACUGUCCGCAUUAUACACUCAGGGCAUGCCUGUAAUGUUGAAGAGGAGAGGCACACGGAGAGAGUCUACACCAUCAGAGAGGGAGAGACCCUGGAGCUCACCUGUCUGGUGACCGGGCAUCCUCGACCACAGAUCCGAUGGACCAAGACAGCCGGCAGCGUGUCGGACCGCUUCCAGGACUCCAGUGUGUUCAACGAGACGUUGCACAUCGCAAAGAUCCUGAGGACCCAGGGAGGCCGCUACUACUGCAAGGCUGAGAACGGCCUCGGGUCCCCCGCCAUCAAGUCCAUCAGGGUCGACGUCUAUUACCUUGAUGACCCGGUGGUGACGGUGCACCAGAGCAUAGGAGAAGCGAAGGAGCAGUUCUACUAUGAGCGGACUGUGUUUCUGCGCUGCGUGGCCAACUCCAACCCGCCUGUCCGCUACAGCUGGCAUCGUGGGAGAGAGGUCCUGACGCAGGGCUCGGACAAGGGAGUGGAGAUCUACGAACCCUUUUUCACUCAGGGGGAAACGAAGAUUUUGAAGCUGAAGAACCUGCGUCCUCAGGACUACGCCAACUACAGCUGCAUCGCCUCUGUCAGAAAUGUGUGUGGGAUCCCUGACCGCAGUGUUAUCUUCAGACUCACAAAUAAGACAGCCUCGCCAUCCAUCAAGCUGCUGGUGGAGGAUCCCAUCGUGGUGAACCCUGGCCAGACGGUCUCCCUGGUGUGCAUCACCACAGGCGGAGAGCCGCCCCCGAUCCUCACCUGGGUCAGCAGCAAUGACAGCCUGCCACAAAGGAGCGUGGUGAAGGGGGGCACGCUUACUCUCCCAGCCAUCACCUCAGAUGAGGCGGGGGUCUACAGCUGCGUGGCCAGCAACAACGUGGGAAACCCCGCCAAGAAGUCCACCACCAUCGUGGUGCGAGCUCUAAAAAAGGGGCGAUUCUGGAUCACUCCGGACCCCUACCACAAUGACGACAACAUCCAGAUUGGACGUGAAGUCAAGAUAUCUUGCCAGGUGGAGGCGACCCCACCAGAGGAGCUGACUUUUAGCUGGCUGAAGAACGGCCGUGCCCUGCGGAGCUCCGAGCGUAUGGUCAUCACCCAGACGGACCCCGACAUCUCCCCCGGGACCACCAACCUGGACAUCAUAGACCUCAAGUUCACCGACUUCGGCACAUACACCUGCGUGGCGGCGCUGAAGGGAGGAGGCAUCCCUGAGAUCAGCAUUGACGUCAACAUCUCUUCCACUACUGUUCCCCCCAACCUGACAGUCCCUCGGGGCAAGUCCCCCCUGGUGGCCCGCGAGGGUGACACAGUGGAGCUGGAGUGCCUUGUUUCAGGGAAGCCCAAGCCCAUCAUCCUGUGGACCCGAGCUGAUAAGGAGGCGCCCAUGCCGGAUGGCAGCAUGCAGAUGGAGAGCUACGACGGCGUGCUGCGUAUUGUUAAUGUGUCCAGGGAGAUGACGGGCUCGUACCGCUGCCAGACCAGCCAGUAUAACGGCUUCAACGUGAAGCCCCGGGAGGCCGUGGUGGAGCUCAUUGUACAAUACCCUCCGACAGUGGAGCCGGUUUACAUGGAGAUGCGUCAGGGCCUGGGGAGGCCUGUGGUGAUGACCUGCAGGGUGCUGCGAGCCCACCCUUCCCGCGUGCUGCGAUUCGAGUGGCUUCUAUCGAACCGGCUGCUCCACGCCGGAGCCUUCGACGCCCAACGAGACGAGACGGAGUACACCAUCCGCAGCCUGAACCGAGACGGCUGGGGGGAGUACACCUGUAACGUCAUCAACGAGGCUGGGGCAGGAAAGUGCACCUUCCAGGUUACAGGCAAGGCCUACCCUCCAGAGUUCUACUAUGAUACCUACAGCCCUCUGUGGCAGAACAGACCCAGAGUCUACGGCUUCAAGCUCCAGUGGACCCAGAUGAACCCCAACGCUGUGGACCGCAUUGUCGCCUACAGACUUGGCAUCAGACAGAUGGGACUGCAGCGCUGGUGGGAACAGGAGAUCCCUGUGGAUGGAACAAUCAACAAAGGAGAGCUCAUGACACACAACCUGACUGAGCUCAUCAAACCUGAAUCCUACGAAGUGCGCCUGACUCCCAUCACACGUUUUGGAGAGGGUGACUCCACCAUCCGGAUUGUCACGUACAGCGCUCCCAUCAACCCUCACCUGAGAGAGUUCCACUGCAGCUUUGAGGAGGAGCCCAUCUGCAUGUUCACCCAGGACAAGAAUGAUGAUUUUGAUUGGACGCGACACAGCGCCGCUACCCGCGACACCAAGUAUACGCCCAACACCGGGCCCAGUGGUGACCGCAGUGGUUCCAAACAGGGUUUCUACAUGUACAUUGAGACAUCAAGACCACGCAAGGAAGGGGACCAAGCACGGCUUGUAAGUCCCUUUUUCAACGUAGCGCCUAAAAACCCUUAUGGCAUCACCAACCCACCUGCCUACUGCUUCGGCUUCUUCUACCACAUGUACGGAAAACACAUAGGAACACUAAACGCCCUCCUAAAGCAGAAGGGCCAGACAGCCUCUGAGGGUCCCGUGUGGUCGCUAAAUGGAAACCAAGGUGACCGCUGGAAGCAGGCAAAAGUAAGCAUCCAUCCGACAUCAUCCUUCCAGGUGGUACUCGAAGGUAUCAGGGGUCCGGGCAUCGAGGGAGACAUCGCCAUCGAUGAUGUCACGCUGGAGGAAGGGGAGUGUCGAGACCCACCGACUAAUCUCAUCUCCACGGCUUCGUCCACAUCCUCCCAUAUAUGGCUGCUAUGCAUCACCUUGGUGAUGACCCUGCUGGAAGGUCAGAGGUGACCCUUCUCUCCGUCAUCUCAGAGGCGAAUAUUCAGACCCACCGUCUGUGAACUAUACCCUCGGCAUCCAAUCACCAAAGAUUCAUGCAUCCUGAAAGCAGCAGGGGUCCCCUGACAGACCACGGAGGGGCCGAAGUUAAUGAAAGAGAGAAAAAAUUGUGAUCAAAAAACUUUGACAAAAAGUAAUAAAGAAGAAGAUGCGCUAAUUUUUUAAAGAGACCUCUUUUACAGAAAACACUCCUCGGUGCAGGACUCUGGACGUCUUUACGAGCACAAAGACAGGUGGGCGAUGAAUACGCCUGGACUUUGGCUAAAGAGUUCACAAGCGUCGAGGGAGGACAGUUUGUAAAGCACAAGAACAAUUUUAUCAAGUUAUGAAAAUAUCUUUGGAAGGCGGCGGAAUAUAGACACUGCUGAUGUUUUGAAGAGGAAAUAACAUUUCCCUGCUUACAAAUACAUGGAAUCAGACCUUUCUCUGUGUAUCUUUAUCUUCAUUUUCUUGCACCAGAUGCCAAUCACCGACACUUGUUUUUCACUCUGGCCCAGCCUCACGUCACACCUUGACAUUUCUUUAUCUGCUUGGUGCUGUACUGUAGAAAACAAGAACUCUGGCAACAUUUAGUUCUGUCUGCUUACUCCCCUGUAGCUGCCUAUGUAUCUAUUAACACUGUGCUCACGAGUCCAAGUGGCCAACCGACGGUAUGGUGGCAGAACAAUGAAUGCAGCCGAGGUGUAGACAGCGGGACUGGAAGGGCAGAGAGGAGUUGAAGCUCAGGAGCUGAAUGAGAGGGAGAGGUGGAGAGAGGGCAGAGAGGAGGAGUGUGAGGGGAGGAGGAACAGGCAGAGAGUAGAGAAAGGUCCGAUAAGUGAGGCCUGACUCGAAUAUUCAGUCGGCGGUCCGCCUGUGGAACAGAAGCCACUUUACUUUCUGCCAUGAAACAAAGUGCCUUCAGAUUACAAACCGAAUCGUGAGCCUGGGUGUUAAUCAACAUCGAACACAUCUCUGUUCAUGUUUCCUCUGAUGGGCUAUUUUCUACAUGUUUCUUUUGCCCCACAAGUGCUGAUGGGAAGGCAUGCGUGUUCAGAGCGUGAAUGGGUUUGUGCUCCACUUGGAUUUAACUCCUGAUGGGACUGUGUGUGUGUGUCUGUGUGUCUGUGUGUCUGUGUGU